AUGUUAUUUGACGUAGCGCAUCGAUUAAGAGUAGAUGGAAAAAGCUGGAAGCAUCCCCUUGUGAUUGUAGCCAUCAUCUUUUCAAGUUUGGCUUGUAUGAUAUUGUUAGUUCAGAUUUUUAUGCUAGGAAUCAACCAUAAGAUAGACUUUCCUGCCAAAUGGAUGUUUAUUUCUGGUGUGGUGGUAGCUAUGCUUGGUGACGGAUCGAUGUUUACUUAUACUUUUAAACCUCUCAUUUACUGGAGAAAGAACAGAAUGAACGAGGGAUAUUCCAGAACAACAGCACUAGGUAUUUGGUAUUAUAUGAUACAGAAUAUUUGGUAUGUUUGUUUUGGAGCAGUCUACGUUUGGUUUUUUAUCAAAAAUUCUUGGGAUUAUUUUCCUACAAUGCUGGCAAUGGAUUAUGCGCUUAGAUUUAUAGAGAAUUUGUUAUAUACUUGGCCUCCUCCAGCAUGCUUUAUUGAUUAUGUUACUUCCUUACUACCGAGUAAUUCAAUUCAUUUGUCUACAAGAGCUGAGGGCUCUCAUGUCAUGUCAUCCGAAAGAUAUAAUAAAGAGGCCACAGUAGAAUACGGUGAUACGAUAAAACCUGCAGCAGCUUCUACAAAUAGUACAUACGGAAGCAAAGUCACCAUAAUGACAUAG